AUGUCAACAUAUCUCUCUCUCCUUUCCUCCCUCCUUGCGUCGCCUGGCUGGAACAUCGUCACUCCAUGUGUGUCAACCGCGUCCAAAGCCCAUAAAAUACAGUCCAGAUCGAGCCAUCGUGUGGACAUGACGUGUUCCAUCGGAUGCUUGGUGAGCUUACGCCCCCCAUCAUCGGACUCCUCGAUCCUUACUCGCGCUUGCAUGAAGCCGUUUCUGUCGGUGAGCUGGCGUAUGUAUGUGCCAUGCCAAAAUAGGAGACUAAGUUCCGCAAAAGCUCCAAACUUGGCUUGGGAAAAGGGAAAAUGGAUAUGCCACGUGAGCUCCUGGGCCCCCCGCCGGAGACUACUUUUUUCCUUUUCUCCUGUCCUCCGAGAGGCCCAUGACCCUAGCCUGAACAACCACCAGGGUUCCGGAGAGAAGCUCGCGAAGCGAAAGGGGAGAAUUAAACCAACCCCUGGAACAGAUCAUCAGGCGAGGCCGUGGAAGAGAGAGGAUACGACUGCGGGCCGUGUGCAACGGGCCGAACGCGGAUGGAUGUGUACAAGCUCACGGCUCGAGUACGAGGUGGUAUCUUGUGUCACUUACCAUAUAUCAUAUAUUCACAACAUCCUCCGCCCUGAACACACUUGA